GCUUCAUGUGUGUGUAUUGUUGUGUUGAAGCGAAAAGCGGACGUUUUAUUUUUUAAGUGCUUGUUUUUGUGCAGCACGACACCUACUGCGCUAAAUCUGUUAAUUUGAAAAAACAUAUUAAAAUCAUUUGAAGAAUUUAUUCAAAACACACACAAUACAAACAUGGCAGAGGUGCGACGUAGGAAGACGGACAACGAGGCUGACGAUGCUGCUGCUGCUGUUGCCGCGAGUAGUGCAGCUGAUUCUUCGGAUCAUGUUGAUUCGGAGGAGGAGAAAAUACCUGAGGAGAAAUUCGUUGAGGAGUUGGCUAAGAAUUUGCCCCAAGGUACAGAUAAAACACCAGAACUUUUGGAUUCUGCUCUGAAGGAUUUGCCCGAUCGAUGGAAAAAUUGGGUCAUACGCGGUAUAUUCACAUGGAUUAUGAUCUGUGGAUUCGCAUUAAUCAUCUAUGGUGGACCAUUGGCCUUGAUGAUUACGACGCUGUUGGUGCAAGUGAAGUGCUUUCAGGAAAUUAUCUCAAUUGGUUAUCAAGUGUAUCGUAUACACGGUUUGCCCUGGUUUCGUAGUCUCUCCUGGUAUUUCUUGCUCACUUCCAACUAUUUCUUCUAUGGCGAAAAUCUAGUCGAUUACUUUGGGGUCGUAAUCAAUCGUGUGGAAUAUCUUAAGUUCUUGGUGACCUAUCACCGCUUCCUCUCAUUUGCCCUGUAUAUCGUUGGCUUCGUUUGGUUCGUGCUCUCGCUGGUCAAGAAAUACUAUAUCAAACAGUUCAGCCUAUUCGCCUGGACGCACGUCUCGCUGCUGAUUGUCGUCACACAGAGCUAUCUAAUUAUACAGAACAUAUUCGAGGGACUUAUUUGGUUUAUAGUGCCCGUAUCGAUGAUUGUUUGCAAUGAUGUCAUGGCGUAUGUGUUUGGUUUCUUCUUUGGACGCACACCCCUCAUAAAGCUCAGCCCGAAGAAGACGUGGGAGGGCUUUAUUGGUGGUGGUUUUGCCACGGUACUAUUUGGCAUAUUAUUCUCAUACGUCUUGUGCAAUUACCAAUAUUUCAUCUGUCCCAUACAAUAUUCGGAGGAACUGGGUCGCAUGACCAUGUCCUGUGUUCCCAGCUAUCUGUUUACGCCACAGGAAUACAGUCUUAAAUUGGUGAGCCUUUCUAUGCACUGCAAUUAUGCACAAUUUAGUAAUAAUCUAAUCAAAUUGAAAUUGCAGUUUGGCAUUGGAAAAACCUUGAACAUUUAUCCAUUCAUUUGGCACUCCAUUUCGUUGAGUCUGUUCAGUUCAAUAAUUGGACCUUUCGGCGGCUUCUUUGCGUCCGGAUUUAAGCGUGCUUUCAAGAUCAAGGACUUUGGCGAUAUGAUUCCUGGACAUGGCGGUAUCAUGGAUCGCUUCGACUGUCAGUUCCUCAUGGCCACGUUCGUGAAUGUUUACAUUUCGAGUUUUAUUAGAACUCCUUCACCAGCUAAACUCUUGACACAGAUUUAUAAUCUUAAACCGGAUCAACAAUACCAAAUCUAUCAGUCCUUGAAGGAUUCUCUGGGCGAUAUGCUAAACUAAAUAUUUCGACAACAACAAUUGUUUGCUUUAGUCGUACGUCUAUAUAAAUAUUCAUUAUAAAAAUGGAAGAUUCUAUAUAUACAUAUAUAUAUGAUGAUCGGUAUAAGAAAAUGCAGCAAAAACCUCUCGAAUGCUGUUAGUCUCCUUAAAAAAAAAGCGAUUCGUUUGAAUCCAAUCAAAACACGCGCGGAUAGUUUUAAUUUUGAGCAUAAUUUUUGUUAUGUUUUUAGUUAUAGUUUAGAAUUUUGUUGUUGUUACAAUUUUAAGUUAUUUCAGUUACGAUUAUUAUUAUGAUUAUUAUAAUUAUGAUCAAUAUGGCAUUAUAUAGUGCAAUUGUAAUCCGCUUAUCGGAGAUUUGCUAUUAAGCGAUUCCAUUAAUUUUAAUGACAUGCGAUUGCGUUAUGAGAUUGACUUUUUACCAAAUCGAAUUAAACACUGGAAAAAUGAAAGCAAACCAAAUGCGAACAAAAACAAAAAAAAAAAUCCAAACAACCAGUUAAACGAUCCUAUAAAUUUGAUGUUUUGUGUGUCUCCAUAUGUACUAUGUGUGAAAUUACAUCCAUGCACGAGUCUGUAUAAAACUACUUAUGCAUAUAUGUAUGUGUACUAUUUUACCAACUAUUAGUUUAGAAAAGGGAAGAAGAAUGUCCUUCAAUCGAGGCAAAUUUAGUUUAGUUUGUGAAAUGUUCCCUAGUUAAUGUCUAACUUGUAGUAUAAAAGUUGGAUGCGCAUUUUGUUGUAUCUAAUCAAUACGUAAUAUCGAUUAUCAAAUGAUUUCGUAUUUUACCAGUUCAUGUCUAGUGCAAUAUACAUAAUACCAUUUAAAACAUUGUUUUUUAUUUCAAUACGUGAUUUUUUUUUAAAUUCUUAAUUUAUUGAAUUGUAUAAUCUUAGCAUUUAUAUAUGUUUUGGUUAAUGAUAUAUGGUUAACAAGAAAGAAAAAAAAAACAAUUUCUUACACUUACUCAAUUGAAUUCAGAUCCAGCAAACUGUUUAAUAUAU